AUGGAAAGUCGAAAACGUGGAGCUCUGGCAGCGAGACCUGCCGGAGCACACACUGCUGCACACCCCGACGCUUCACACAGUAAAUUGAAGGGACCAAUAAAUCCCGAGAAAGAGGCAUUGGCGACUUGUGCGGCUUGUGGACAGAACAUUGGGGCCGGCCAAAGGUUCAUAGAACUGUCGGUGACGAUACCGACGGCGUCGACGUCGAAUCGUGUUAACGCGCAACAGCGACACGGAAAACAGAGUGGUGGUUCUGGCGUGCGAAGCGCCUCUUCGCGCAAAUCAACGGUUAAGGCACUUUUCCACUUGAGUUGUUUGCGCUGUACAGAGUGUGGGAAAAAACUGUCAAGCCCGUCAGAUGAAACAGCGUCUACCUCUAUUGUUCUUUGCACGCAGUCAGCCGUCGAGGCACUGACACGGACGCACCCCACUGUAACUUCGAUCAGUAGUGUUCGGUCUAGAAGACCAAAUCUGAGGGCGACUUCCAACCAGGGAAAUUCUCCGGCUCGUGGGGCUCUUCUUCAGUACUUUGUGGCGCACGAGAAAUGCAAAGAACGCCCGUGCGUUGUGUGUCACCGUCCAAUAUCGCUCAAGGAACCCAGGGUUGCGCUGCCUAACGCUGCGGGUGCGGGGGGAGGGGGGGAUAGUAGAACGCAGAACAGUUGCCAAAUGCGGGGUCCGGUAGAGAAAGGAAAUGGGAAAUCUGUAAGAGGCAAUCAACUGGCAAAUGCGUCCAGGAGAGAAGAACUCACUGAGUUCCAGCAUAUCGCCUGCACGAAAUGCGCCUUCUGUGGACAAGGCUUCGACGCUGACAAAAACUCGAAACCGCUGGUUCUUUUCGAUCAGCAGCGACAGCCGUACCAUCCGACUUGCCUCGCUUGCUGUUGCUGUCACAGGCCGCUUCUCGGCAUGUACGAAGUCCACGAAUUCUUUGGAAAGCUUGAUACGUGCGACCCGAUCCUGCAAGACACUUCGAAACUUCUUCCCCUGCCGGCUGGACUCGCAGCCGCAAUGGCAGAAGGCCCUACAGCUGGCAAUCGUGAUCUGGGAAGAGGGGAGAACUGUGAACUCCAUCACGGGGAGGCACAGGACAAGGAGUCUGGAGAUCGAAUAACGCCCAAAUACGGGGGUUUGUGUUGCGCCUGGUGCUCGGUACGCGUCCCACGAUGUUUAUGUUGCGAAAGACGAUGUGCAGUGUACCAGAACGAAUCCGGUAAGCACGUCCUGCCGCGUGCGAUCACCCGAGAAGCGACUGCUGCCGCGAAAAUGGCGGCGGACAUUUCUCUCGGAAAGAAACAGCCACCGCCGCAAUCGGGUCAGGCUGAACGUGGGGUUAACUCGAUUACAACGAGAGCUGGUGUCACCGCCAGCUCAGCGACAGAGUUGUUCGGAGACGUGAAGGGAGUUGUGUGUGGGCAGUGUGCGAGUUUGCCGCAUGUGACUACGGAGUCAGAAUUAAGGGACACAACUUCCUGGGUGGGACAGGCCUUACGGCAGGCUGGUAUUGUUUUCACCCAAGAUAUGAUCCGGUUGCAAAAGCUGAUCAAGACGAUAAAUGAAGAAGAAGCUCAAAGGCAGAAAGGAAAAAGGGAGAAACCGUGGCUCGUCCAGCGAGCCAGCGCUGUAGUGACCACAAAGACGCUUGUACGAACGCUCACCGCGAACAAUAUGGGCACUGCAGAAACGAAAAAAAAGACACGUGCCACGUCUUCCAGUGUCGUAACAUGCAUCGAUGAUAUCGGGGUCCCAAUAGAGCUGGUACAUUACUCGACUCUGAACUCAGAAACACCUCCCACUUCCGGGGGGCGUUUGAGAUCCCGAACGGCUCCCAGUGUGGUUACGUCAGCAGUGCAAACAAGCGGGAGACGGAACGUGGCUUCAGUCAGGGGAGGGGCAACCGGAGGAUCUGCCGUGGGUAGUCGGAUCGUGCGUUCCACAAAUGCGGGAGCUCUGUACGGACGGGGCGAAGCGGCAGACACACCGUUUUCUAGAACUCUGUUUGGUAGGUGUCAUGUGCAAGUCAUAACAUUGAAUGUAGCGGGUGACUCUGCUGUGCAGUUCGAUGCAGAGGUGAAGGCUCAGUCGCGCCUGAGCAUGUCGAGACGGGUAACCGGAAGCAUGCGUCAUUCCGGUCCGGCAAAGGCGCUACCAGGAUUGGAAAGGAAACAAACGGGAACCUCAAGUGCCUCCUCUAGCCGUCGGGGAGACAUGCAAAUCGGGCGCAAGUCGACGCUCGUCGGUCAGAAUGUCCUUGAUGUAGCGAGUGCCUAUGCAGCUGCGCUGGAGGGAGACACGCAAUCUCCAGAGAUAACGGCUGAAAGUGGCAAGGGUGUCCAAAAAGGAAGAGUGAGUGACGAUCGAUCGCAGCCAGGGCACGAUGCUGUCGUCGAAGCAGGGGCACUUCUACACGUGGGCUCUUUUGCCGGAGGUUUGCUGAAAACAAAAAGUGGCAUUCAUAUUCAGGGGUUGAGUGUUUUAAGUGUCGAAAGAAUCUGCGUUGUCGGUUCUGUGCCACGAGUCAUGGUUGUGCAACACAUGGGGCACGAGUGGCUGCACGCCUAUCUCGCCUGCAAGCAGAAGAAAAUCAAUGACAAUGUUAUUGAAGAAGGGGCCUGCAACGUGGCCGCGACGGAGGUGCUGUUGCGAUUUGGCGCAGAACUCCGCUUGACGGGUCAGCAGGAACCGACCACAGGCAACGUCCAUGUUUUCGAGGGAACGAUGAGGAGCGACUUAGACAGCGUACAGUACGAGAUGCUUAUUUUGAGGUACAGAAUGUGGAAGAUGAAGGAAAGCAGGGAUCCGGUGUAUGGGGAAGGCUACAGAAAAUGUGUGAGCAUCAUCAGAGCCGAAGGACUCUCACUUGUAGAGUUCGUCAGGCGGCUGCUGAAAGGGUGAUGGCAGACUCUCUUCUUUUUGUGAUACCGAGACUCCCGACGAUCAGUGAAUAUCAUCAGUUUUAUGUGUUUAUGUCGAGUCAGUGAGCGUGCAACUGCAUGCGCUAUUUGGUUUUACUCAAUCUGUUUUGCGAGGGAAUAUCUGGGAAUCAAGUGUUCCAUGCAGCACGAGGGAGGACGGCACGAAUGAAUGAGGAGGUUGUGUCUUGUGCAAGUCACGAAGCGGCGUUUGAGAUGCGUCUAGCAGACGGUAUUUGCAGAUGCUUUCGCAGAUGGGGAUUCGUGAAAAAGAACCGCUAACAAAGUGCGAAUCACGAGGCAGGCGGACUGAGACUGACGUGAGAGAGCAGCCACUAAUACGAGGGCGUAGUCUUCGAAAUUUUGCA